AUGGCCGCGCUCCCGCAGAACAACCUGCAGGCGCAGCUGGCGCGGCACUCGGCCCAGAAGCUGCGCGACGGCCCGAGCCUCGGGAAGCCGAGGCCUGUAGGUUUCACUUUUAAAAAGAAAAUCGCUUCAGCCAAGGAUGCCUCUGUACCAAAAACACCUGUGCUAAGUGAUAAAGACGUCAACGUGACGCAGGCCUCUCCCUUCAGCAAGCCUUCACCCCUCACCACGAAGCAGCGGACCGUCAGCGACUUCACAGAUGCCCCGGCGGGGCGGCAGGCCUCGAGCGCCACCCCGCCGCCUUUCCCGCUGGGGCGAUGGCAGGCGCCCUGGGGGGGUUCACGGGCCGCCCAGAAGGCGCCGGCCACGGGAGAGCCCCACAGCUCAGCGCUCAAGAGAUUAGAGUUUAGCUCUUCAUCAGAUUCUUUGAUCGCCACCGAGGACUGGGAUGACAUGGACGACUUUGACACCUCCGGAAAUUCAAAAGCCUUUGUCACGCCCCGCAGAAACGCCUUUGUCAGAGUCAGCACCGCCCAGAAACCCAGAAGGCCUAAGAGAAGCUGCCCCGGAGCCCAGCUUCAGAAAGCGGCUGUGGUCAAGGCUGCCGCAGCGCCUCCGUCCUCCUCCUGGGCGGAGAUCACCCGGCAGACGGAGGGCCUGAGCCGGCUGCUGCGCCAGCACGCGGAGGACCUGAGCGCCGGGCCGCUGAGCAAGCUGAGCCUGCUGAUCCGGGGGCGCCAGCAGCUGCGCCGGGCCUACAGCGAGCAGUGGCAGCAGCUGCAGCAGGAGCUCGCCAAGGCCCACAGCCAGGACAUCGAGAAGCUGAAGAGCCAGUACCGCACCCUGGCGCGGGACAGCGCCCAGGCCCGGCGCAAGUACCAGGACGCCAGCAGAGACAAGGACCGCGACAAGGCCAAGGACAAGUACGUGCGCAGCCUCUGGAAGCUGCUGGCCCACCACAACCGCUACGUGCUGGGCCUGCGGGCCGCGCAGCUGCACCACCAGCACCACCACCAGCGCCUGCUGCCCGGGCUGCUGCAGUCGCUGCAGGAGCUGCACCAGGAGAUGGCCCGCAUCCUGGAGCAGGCAGCACCUGUGUGCGGGGCGGGCGGGCUGCGGGCACCUUCCACCACAGGACGCUGGGCCGCCUGGGGAGCCAGACGGUGGCCUCACCGCCCUUCCCGUGGGCGCAGGCUGUCCUCGGUGACCGAGGAGCUGGCCGUGGCCACCGAGGCCGUGAUGGGCCGGCAGGAAGCGGUUUCUCAGCUGCAGCAGGAGCUGCAGAGCGAAGAGCAGAACACCCACCCCCGGGAGCGAGUGCAGCUGCUGGCCAAGAAGCAGGCGCUGCAGGAGGCGCUGCAGGCGCUGCAGGUGGCGCUGUGCAGCCAGGCCAAGCUGCAGGCCCAGCAGGAGCUGCUGCAGGCCAAGGUGGCCCUGCUGGGCCCCGGCGAGGCCCCACCCGUGCCGCUGCUGCAGGAUGACCGCCACUCCACGUCCUCCUCGGAGCCCGAGCGAGAAGGGGGACGGACACCCACCCUGGACAUCCUGAGGAGCCACAUCUCGGGGAUGGUGGAGAAGCAAGGCCGGAGCCAGAGGGGCGCUGCCCAGCCCCGGGGCCCUGACCAGGGUCCUGUCUGGGGCAGGAAGGAGAUCUUGCAGGAAUACCUGGAGAUCAGCAGCCUGGUGCAGGACGAGGUGGUGGCCAUUCACCAGGAGAUGGCCGCCGCUGCCGCCCGCAUCCAGCCGGAGGCCGAGUACCAGGGCUUCCUGCGGCAACACGGCUCUGCACCUGAUGUCCCCCCCUGCGUCACCUUUGACGAGUCCCUGCUGGAGGAGGGGGAGCUGCUGGAGCCUGGGGAGCUGCAGCUGAACGAGCUGACAGUGGAGAGCGUGCAGCACACGUGUGUGGACGCGGGCACGCGCACACUGGCCGCCUCGCCCAGGGACCUGGCCGCCCGCAACUGCCUGGUGACGGAGAAGAACGUGCUGAAGAUCAGCGACUUCGGGAUGUCCCGGGAGGAAGCGGACGGCGUCUACGCCGCCUCGGGGGGCCUCCGACAGGUCCCCGUGAAGUGGACCGCGCCCGAGGCGCUCAACUACGGUACCUGGGCGCGGCCCCGGGAGGCCGAGCGCGCACGGGGCCGCCGCUCACCGCCCGCCCGCCCGCCCGCAGGCCGCUACUCCUCCGAGAGCGACGUGUGGAGCUUCGGCAUCUUGCUGUGGGAGACCUUCAGCCUGGGGGCCUCCCCGUACCCCAACCUCAGCAAUCAGCAGACCCGGGAGUUCGUGGAGAAGGGGCGCGGGUGGAACUCCCGGCGUGUGCCCCCACCGCUGACCCCUCCACUGCCCCGCCAGCUGCCCCCACCCCUGCAGCUCGUCCCUGACACCCAGAAGCCGCUGCACGAGCAGCUGUGGUACCACGGGGCCAUCCCGCGGGCAGAGGUGGCCGAGCUGCUGGCGCACCCCGGGGACUUCCUGGUGCGGGAGAGCCAGGGCAAGCAGGAGUACGUGCUGUCCGUGCUGUGGGACGGCCAGCCACGCCACUUCAUCAUCCAGUGCGCCGACGGCCUCUACCGGCUGGAAGGCGAAGGCUUCCCCAGCAUCCCCCUGCUGGUCGACCACCUGCUGCGCACCCAGCAGCCCCUCACCAAGAAGAGCGGGGUGGUCCUGAGCAGGGCCGUGCCCAAGGACAAGUGGGUGCUGAACCACGAGGACCUGGUGCUGGGCGAACGGAUCGGCCGGGGGAACUUCGGUGAAGUGUUCAGUGGACGCCUGCGAGCGGACAACACCCUGGUGGCCGUGAAGUCCUGCCGGGAGACUCUCCCGCCCGAGCUCAAGGCCAAGUUCCUCCAGGAAGCGAAGAUCCUGAAGCAGUACAGCCACCCCAACAUCGUCCGGCUCAUUGGCGUCUGCACCCAGAAACAGCCCAUCUACAUCGAUGGUGGCCGCCCGGUAGCCGAGUCCCAGCAGAGGGUCACUCACGGCCUGGGCGCUGGGCGCCUGCGGACGUGUCGUGCCCACGUCACUGACGGGCGGCUGGGCCCGUGGAAGCCGCCGGCCAUGAAGCGGCCUGCUGGCGGCCUGGAGCAGCUUCAGCCCCGAGGGCCCUGCCCGCGUCCUCGCGCCCCACUCGGGGUCUUCCUGCUUUUGCUGCCGGCGCGAGAAGCCAGCACGUUCGGGGGCCUCGGGGGCCUGGCGGAGGCUGGGUGGCGUGAGGCCCCACCAGCAGCGGCCGGGGAAGCCGUGCCUGGCGCCGGAGGGCCGUGGGGCGCUUCCUGGGGCACCGGGAACGUUCUGUUUGAUGUCCGAGUGCCUCACCAGACGUGA